CCGGUCCGGGCAGCGGAGGAGGGCGGCUUGGUAGUGCCUGGAGCUUCGCUAUGGGAAGUUGUUCCUUUGCUGUCUCGCCGCCAGCCCUGCUCCCUGCUUCUCCGCAGCCGCUGUCGGAGGCGAGCACAGCGAGGCGCGGGCGGCAUCCGCGGCUACUCCUCCCCGCCCGGGCGCCCGCGCCCCUGGGCAGGUGCUGAGCGCCUCAGAGCCUCCCCUGUCGCCUCCCUCACCUGCCCGGCCGCCCCGCUGCCGCAGUGCACAUGGGCUGCUGGAGGUAGAUGGGCUCCACGCCCGGGAGGCGGCGGUGGAUGCGGCGAUGGGCAGAAGCAGCCGCCGGUGCCAGCUGCCGUGGGGCCGCGCGCCCCGGGCGCUCCUGCGAGUCCCCGGCUCAGCCACGGGGACCUCCACGAGCAGCAGCAGCGCCCUCGCCUCCUGCAGCCGCAUCGCCGGCCGAGUCGCAGCCACGAUGAUCGCGGGCUCCCUCCUCCUGCUUGGAUUCCUCAGCACCACCAUAGCUCAGCCACAACCGAAGGUCCCAAAUCUCAUUGGCACAUACCGCCAUGUUGACCAUGCCACUGGCCAGGUGCUUACCUGUGAUAAGUGUCCAGCAGGAACCUAUGUCUCCGAGCAUUGUACCAACACAAGCCUGCGUGUUUGCAGCAGUUGCCCUGCAGGGACCUUUACCAGGCAUGAGAAUGGCAUAGAGAAGUGCCAUGACUGUAGUCAGCCAUGUCCACGGCCAAUGAUUGAGAAAUUACCUUGUGCUGCCUUGACUGACCGAGAAUGCACUUGCCCACCUGGCAUGUUCCAGUCUAAUGGUACCUGCGCCCCCCAUACAGCGUGUCCUGUGGGUUGGGGUGUGCGAAAAAAAGGGACAGAGAAUGAGGACGUGCGGUGUAAGCAGUGUGCUCGGGGUACUUUUUCUGAUGUGCCUUCCAGUGUGAUGAAAUGCAAAGCACACACAGACUGUCUGAGUCAGAACCUGGUGGUGAUCAAGCCAGGGACCAAGGAGGCAGACAGCGUCUGUGGCACACACCUGUCCCUCUCCAGCACGACCCCACCUUCCUCUGGCACAGCCAUCUUUUCACGCCCUGAGCACAUGGAAUCCCAUGAAGUCCCUUCCUCCACCUAUGUUCCCAAAGGCAUGAAUUCAACAGAAUCCAACUCUUCUGCCUCUGUUAGACCAAAGGUACCAAGUGGAACCCAGGAAGGGGCACUCCCUGACAACACAAGCUCACCAGGGGGGGAGGAAGGCGUGAACAAGACCCUCCCAAGUCCCCACCAGCAAGGCCCCUACCACAGACACAUCCUGAAGCUGCUGCCGUCCAUGGAGGCCACCGGGGGUGAGAAGUCCAGCACGCCCAUCAAGGGCCCCAAGAGGGGGCCUCCCAGACAGAACCUCCACAAGCAUUUUGACAUCAAUGAGCAUUUGCCCUGGAUGAUUGUGCUUUUCCUGCUGCUGGUGCUUGUGGUGAUAGUAGUGUGCAGUAUUCGGAAAAGCUCCAGGACUCUGAAAAAGGGGCCCCGGCAGGAUCCCAGCGCCAUUGUGGAAAAGGCAGGGCUAAAGAAAACCAUGACCCCAACCCAGAACCGGGAGAAGUGGAUCUACUAUUGCAAUGGCCAUGGUAUUGACAUCCUGAAGCUUGUAGCAGCUCAAGUGGGAAGCCAGUGGAAAGAUAUCUAUCAGUUUCUUUGCAAUGCCAGCGAGAGAGAGAUGGCUGCUUUCUCCAAUGGGUACACAGCAGACCACGAGCGGGCCUAUGCAGCCCUGCAGCACUGGACCAUCCGAGGCCCUGAGGCCAGCCUCGCCCAGCUAAUCAGUGCCCUGCGCCAGCACCGGCGCAAUGAUGUCGUGGAGAAAAUUCGUGGACUAAUGGAAGAUACCACCCAGUUGGAAACCGACAAACUGGCUCUCCCAGUGAGCCCUAGCCCGCUCAGUCCGAGUCCCAUCCCCAGUCCUAACAUGAAACUUGAGAACUCCACUCUCUUGACAGUGGAGCCUUCCCCGCUGGACAAGAACAAGGGCUUCUUCGUGGACGAGUCUGAGCCCCUGCUCCGCUGUGACUCCACCUCCAGUGGCUCCUCAGCACUGAGCAGGACCGGGUCCUUUAUUACCAAAGAAAAGAAGGACACAGUGUUACGGCAGGUGCGCCUGGACCCCUGUGACCUACAGCCAAUCUUUGAUGACAUGCUGCACAUUCUGAAUCCUGAGGAGCUGCGGGUGAUUGAAGAGAUUCCCCAGGCUGAGGACAAGCUGGACCGGCUAUUUGAGAUUAUUGGAGUCAAGAGCCAAGAAGCCAGCCAGACUCUCCUGGACUCUGUUUAUAGCCAUCUUCCUGACCUGUUGUGACAUGGGGAUACUGCAUUUUGGAAAUCAGCUUAGUG